UCGUCGUACCUCCAUUUUGUUCUUCGCUCCUCUUCUCACGCCGAGCCCGAUACUUGCGCACCCGUCGAGCGGCAGCCCGCGAAUGGAGAUCGCCGGUUUGAGCUGCGAGCCCCACAACUGGGCCGCACCCUCUCGCAGUCACUACCACCCUCCCUCCUAUAAGUACACGCCUGCCAUCGCUUUCUACCUUCGUCGCCUUUGAACGCCUCACGAAGAGAGCCGCUCGUCUGCAUCUAUGCAGGCGAGAAAGAGAGGGAGAGAAAACUCGAGAGCAUCCAUAUCUUUCGUGCUCUCCUCCCCCUUCCUCGUCUUAUAGACGCUCGAAGCUCUCUUCUUCCUCCUCCUCAGCAAGCAGUGCAGCGCUGAAGGAAGAAAACAAUAACGUAAGAUGGCGACCGACGGCUACGGAUCCAUCUCCCUGGAGGAGAUCAGGAACGAGACCGUGGAUUUGGAGAGUAUCCCGGUGGAGGAGGUAUUUACGCAACUAAAAUGUAGUCAGGAGGGGCUCACCACCGCCGAAGGGGAGCAGCGACUCCACAUCUUUGGCCUCAACAAGCUCGAGGAGAAGAAGGAGAGCAAGUUCCUCAAGUUCUUGGGCUUCAUGUGGAACCCCCUUUCUUGGGUCAUGGAGAUCGCCGCCAUCAUGGCCAUCGUGUUGGAUAACGGAGGGGUAAGUUCCAUUCUGCUGUCUCCUCUUCCAUCGUCUGUAGCAUCGGAGCAUCUGACGAUGCAUGGCUGCAUUUCGCAGGGUGAGCCACCAGAUUGGCAGGAUUUCAUUGGCAUCGUCGUCCUCCUGAUCAUCAACUCCACCAUCAGCUUCAUCGAGGAGAACAACGCUGGAAAUGCCGCGGCAGCUCUCAUGGCCGGCCUCGCUCCCAAGACCAAGGUGUUGAGGGAUGGGAAGUGGUCGGAGCAGGAAGCGGCGAUCCUCGUCCCUGGUGAUAUCAUCAGCAUCAAGCUCGGUGACAUCAUCCCGGCUGAUGCCCGACUCUUGGAGGGCGAUCCGCUCAAGAUCGACCAGUCCGCCCUCACCGGCGAGUCCCUCCCUGUGACCAAGAUGCCCGGCAAUGAGGUCUUCUCGGGCUCCACCUGCAAGCAAGGAGAGAUCGAGGCCAUCGUCAUCGCUACCGGAGUGCACACCUUCUUCGGCAAGGCUGCCCACCUCGUCGACAGCACCAACAACGUGGGUCACUUCCAGAAGGUGCUGACGGCCAUCGGGAACUUCUGCAUCUGCUCGAUCGCAAUGGGGAUGAUCAUCGAGAUCAUCGUCAUGUACCCGGUCCAGCACCGGCGGUACCGGGACGGCAUCGACAACCUCCUGGUGCUGCUUAUCGGUGGAAUUCCCAUCGCCAUGCCCACCGUGCUAUCGGUCACCAUGGCCAUCGGAUCCCACCGGUUGUCGGAGCAGGGAGCGAUCACCAAGAGGAUGACCGCCAUUGAGGAGAUGGCCGGCAUGGAUGUGCUGUGCAGCGACAAGACCGGAACUCUCACCCUCAACAAGCUCAGUGUUGACAGGAACUUGAUCGAGGUGUUUGUAAACGGCUUGGAUAGGGACACAGUGGUCCUGUACGCUGCGAGGGCUUCUAGGGUCGAGAACCAGGACGCGAUCGAUGCUUCCAUUGUCGGAAUGCUGGCUGAACCUAAGGAGGCACGCGCAGGGAUCGAGGAGGUCCAUUUCUUGCCGUUCAAUCCGGUUGACAAGCGCACUGCAAUUACCUACAUCGACUCUGACGGCAAGUGGCACCGGUCGAGCAAGGGUGCGCCUGAGCAGAUCAUUGACCUCUGCAACCUGAAGGAUGAUACUAAGAAGAAGGUCCAUGCCAUGAUCGAUAAGUUCGCCGAGCGCGGCCUUCGCGCUCUGGGUGUGGCGAGGCAAGAGGUUCCUGAGGCGACCAAGGCGAGCGCCGGCGAUCCAUGGCAGUUCAUGGGUCUCUUGCCCCUCUUCGACCCCCCGAGGCACGACAGUGCGGAGACCAUCCGCCAAGCCCUCCACCUUGGUGUCAAUGUCAAGAUGAUCACCGGCGACCAGCUCGCCAUCGCCAAGGAAACAGGGCGACGGCUUGGCAUGGGAACCAACAUGUAUCCGUCCUCCACGCUUCUUGGCGAAAAGACCGACGACGUCACCGGCCUCCCCAUCGAUGACCUAAUUGAGAAGGCUGACGGCUUUGCUGGAGUCUUCCCCGAGCACAAGUAUGAGAUCGUGAGGAGGUUGCAGGAGAGGAAGCACAUCUGUGGCAUGACAGGAGACGGGGUGAAUGACGCACCAGCUCUGAAGAAGGCCGACAUCGGCAUCGCGGUGGCGGACGCGACGGACGCUGCCCGUAGUGCCUCGGACAUCGUCUUGACAGAGCCAGGGCUCAGCGUCAUCGUGAGCGCGGUGCUGACGAGCCGUGCCAUCUUCCAGCGCAUGAAGAACUACACCAUCUACGCCGUGUCCAUCACCAUCCGCAUCGUGCUCGGCUUCAUGCUCAUCGCCCUCAUCUGGCAAUUCGACUUCUCCCCCUUCAUGAUCCUCGUCAUAGCCAUCCUCAACGACGGCACCAUCAUGACCAUCUCCAAGGACAGGGUCAAGCCUUCCCCCUUGCCUGAUUCAUGGAAGCUCCGGGAGAUCUUCGCCACUGGAAUCGUCCUCGGUGCCUACCUCGCCAUAAUUACCGUCGUCUUCUUCUGGCUCGUUCAUGACACCGACUUCUUCCCUGAGAAAUUUGGAGUGAAGUCGAUCAGGGACAACAACAACGAGCUGACGGCAGCUCUCUACCUCCAAGUGAGUAUCAUCAGUCAGGCGCUCAUCUUCGUCACCAGGUCGAGGAGCUGGUCCUUCGUCGAACGCCCUGGUUUGCUGCUGGUCACCGCCUUCCUCGCUGCGCAGCUGGUGGCCACCGUCAUCGCCGUGUACGCGUCGUGGGGCUUCGCUAGGAUCGAAGGAAUCGGAUGGGGAUGGGCAGCGAUCAUCUGGAUCUUCAGCUUGGUCACCUACUUCCCUCUCGACGUCCUCAAGUUCAUUAUCCGCUAUGCUCUGAGCGGCAGGGCCUGGGACAACCUUCUCCAGAACAAGACGGCAUUCACCACGAAGAAGGAUUACGGGAGGGAAGAGAGGGAGGCGCAGUGGGCUCUGGCUCAGCGCACCCUCCAUGGCCUGCAGGUCCCGGACACCUCAGCCCUCUUCAACGACAAUAACAGCUACAGGGAGUUGUCUGAGAUCGCUGAUCAGGCGAUGAGGCGCGCCGAGGUUGCCCGGCUGAGGGAACUAAACACGCUGAAAGGGCACGUCGAGUCCGUGGUGAAGCUAAAGGGACUGGACAUUGACACAAUUCAGCAGCACUACACUGUGUGAAGCAAAAGACAAGGGGAAUAUGAAUAUGCCGCCAUCGGGGUAUAGAAUUCUUGUGGUGUUCUUACUAGGAGGAGGAAUGACUGCAUUUAUGUGAUGGUUUUUUUGAAUUAUCUCAAGAAGAAGUUUUGCCCAAUAUUCUCGGUUGAAACACCUGCAUCUCAGUUUCUACUUGUUCAUCUUGCACAGUAUCUUUCUUUGAUUCACGUUCCUGCCAUUUAAACAUCAAACA